CACGGUGUCCGUACAUACUCGUUGGAAAUUCACACCCGAUUUGUCCGCUUCCUACACUGAGUUUACUUGGCCUAUAUCAAUUGGCACCAUUCCCCGAAAAUAAUCAGCUGAGACUAUCGCCGAGUGAAUUCUAGCAGUAUCAUUCAGCAGCGUUAUCCAGGUUCCCAUAUGACGGAUCAGUUUGCCUUUACAUACUCUUUCCCCCUCGAGGGGUACGAGAAUUUGGAGCCGCUCCCGGAGGAGCGAAACGAGGACGGAAAGUCUUUUAAGAACCCUCAACAUGGAAUCCUGAGCAAAGCAUACGAGGAGUUUCCCGACCCUCUUACCAAAGGCCGCCGCGGAGGAUUCGAUAUACAUAUCUAUCAUUUCCAAAAUAAUCCCGACCAAGUCUUUUUUGCCAGAGCACUCUGGGAGAGAAUCCGACGUGAAUUUCCCGAACUCCGAAUCUACACUUUCUUCGAUCGACCCAUAGGACCGCAUCCCGUGGCCAUGUUCGAGGUCAACCUGUUCACUCCAGCACAAUUUGGGGCAUUCGUUCCCUGGCUCAUCAUAAAUCGAGGACCACUGAGCGCGCUAAUUCAUCCGAAUACCGUGGAGGCAGAGGAAGAGCGGAACCAUACACAGCGUGCUACUUGGUUAGGCGAGCGAAUUCCUCUGGACUUACAAUUAUUCAAGUUACUCAAAGAGAAGGAGAAGAGAGAGGAGUUGAAAGGUGAAUGAGGAACUUUUAAUAGUAGCAGGAGCUUUGAGUGAUAGUUUAUUUUCGAUACAAUGCACUGCGCAUAGCAUAGCCCGGGAGGUUCAG